AGUACAGUUGUAGUUCUAAAGUAGAAUUGACGUUAAAUCAUUCUCCGGUUGAACCGAAUUAAAGUGGUUAUUUUUAGCUGAAGCCAAUAACAGACAUGUCCGAGAUCAAAAUCACGUAUUUCCCGGUUAAAGCUCUCGCGGAGCCGAUUCGAAUGCUCCUCAAGUACGGUAACAUCAAUUUUGAUGAUAACCGAUUUCAACAGGAAAAUUGGCCCAAUAUCAAACCAGAUAUGCCGUUUGGUCAAGUCCCAAUUUAUGAAGAAGCAGGUAGAAUAGCUCAUCAAAGUAUUGCUAUUACAAGAUACGUAGCUAAAAAAGUUAAAUUGGUUGGAGAUUCCGAUUGGGAAAAUUUAGAAAUUGACUCCGUUGUAGACACAAUUAAUGAUUUACGGCAAAAAAUUGCUUAUUAUUGGUAUGAACAAGACGCGGCAGUAAAAGAAUCUCGUAAAGGUCCGUUAAUUGAGGAAACACUUCCGUUUUAUUUGACGCGUUUGGAAAGCAUCGCCGAGAAAAACAACGGUCAUUUCGCGCUAAAAAAACUUACGUGGGCCGAUAUCUAUUUUACCGGAUUAUUGGAUUAUCUUAACUUUAUGCUUGGAACCAACAUGAUCGAAAAGUAUCCCAACUUGCAAGCCGUCGCUAAUAACGUGCGUUCCGUUCCAGCGAUCAAAUCUUGGAUCGAGACACGUCCCCAGAGCGAUUUAUAAAAAAAAUAGUGUUUUAUGAUAUACAAGAUAUUACUUUUUUUUUUGUAAACUCAAUUUAAUAAAGAAUU